ACACAGAUCUGUAACACGCCGAUAACAUUUGUUGAUACUUUUCAGCAAGCGUGCUAUUUUUUUAAUUACAAUGGCUCAAAGUGAUAAAAAGUCGAAAGGAAAAGGGGAUUUGUCUCCUGAAGAAAUCAUCAAUCAGUUUCAAGUUCUCCGGGGUGAACAAAGGAUCAUAGCCAAUAAGUUAUCAGAAGCAAGAACAGAAAUAUUUGAAUACAAGCUAGUCAUCGACACUUUGAAAGAUGUUGAAGGUGACAGGAAGUGUUAUCAUGCAAUUGGAGGUAUCCUAUGUGAAAAAACGGUCAAAGAUGUUCUACCCAAAUUAGUUGACACCAGCAGCAAAUUAGAAGGUCUGUGUCAAACUUUGGAAGAACAGUUGACGAAGAAAGGUAUUGAAAUCAACGAGUUCAAACAAAAACAUCAGCUAGUAGUCAAAGGUCAAGAUGAAUUAAAUGCAGUUCUAGAAGAGGCUGAAAGAGCAAAAAAUGCCAGUAGCUCAGCAGAAAAGAAACCUGUGACCUCAUCCUAAUGUUGUGAUCAAUCUCUUUGUAAUUAUUUAUUUUUGUUGUUUGUGAUUUACCUAUCUGUCAAGAUUUGCUAAUAAUUUUAUAUCACUCAUGAUCUUAAAGUCUAAAAGAUAAACGGAGGGAGAUCAAAUACAUUACACUUAAAUUUACUAACUAUUCCUAACUAAUAAUAUCAUAAUGUCAACAGUAUUUUAAGGACCUUCAUGCUAAUAACAUCCUCCAGAAUUUGCUUCAUACUUAUAGCGUACAGGUACGCGUUCAGGGGCGUAUAUGUUAUGAUUUACUCAAAUGAAAAAAGAAGAUAGCAGUGAUUGGAAGUAUCUGUUGGAAAUUUCAUUUGUUUCUAUCAUGAUUGCAGAGUCAUUUUUACUGAUUAUAUUUUCUUUUAUUGUAUGAAUCAUAUUAUUUUUUUUUUAUUCCCGUUAAAAUUUUUAAGAAUAAAACUCAAAAACAAAUACAGUU